AUGUCACAUUCGUUAAACAUCCUGAUUCUUGGUGGCGUGGGAGCACAAAACUCCUAUGUUGCCCAAGAACUUGCCAAAGCGGGCCAUAAAGUGCGUAUCCUCAGUCGAGAUACAGAAAAGGAAGAGCCCAAGAAGUUGGCAGCUUUACCCGGCAUUGAAGUCGUAAAAGGCGAUACUUAUGACGAAGAAGUGCUGGUGUCUGCUUUCAACAACAUCGAGUCUGUCUUUGUGAAUACGAAUGGCUUUGCAAUUGGAGAGAAAAGCGAAAUAUACUGGAGUAUUCGCAUUUACGAACUGGCUCUCUGUGCCGGAGUAAAGCACUUCAUCUAUAGCACGCUACCAUAUGUGUCCAAGAAGAGCGGCUUUAAUCCUAAAUUCCGCGUCCCGUUUGCAGAUGGAAAGGCCAAAUUCGGAGAGUACCUCAAGUCUCAGCCGACAGAUGUUAUGAAUUGGAGCCUAUUGGAAAGUGGUCCGUACGCCGAAGAUAGCCUUCAUCGACGGGCUCCUAAGCUUGACGAAGCGACGGGCGAGUGGAUCUGGAAGUUAUUCCUAGGCGAGAGCGGCUGUAUGGCGCUCGUAUCUCUGAGGGAUCUUGCCUGGUUUGCGCGAUACAUGUUUGAAAACCCAGAAGAGUUUCGCGGAGAUCUCUUAAGCGUGGGCAUCAAGCACACUUCAGGGGCAGAGCUCGCUUCGGCACUUACAGCGGUCACAGGCAAGCCGUCAAGAUACGUUCCAAUGACAGAAGAGGAGUUUCGUCAGGGCUAUCCGCUUAUAAAAAUGGGAGUAGCCCAUUCGCCGGGAUACGAUGACCCUACGCUGUGGACUCCGCAGAGCAUGUUUUAUAACUGGUUUACGGUCUGGACGAAUAGCGUCGGUAACACGGGAUUGUGGACAAGGGACUACCAGCGUCUGGAUAAGAUCAAGCCAGACCGUAUCAAAAGUGUCGAAGAAUGGAUGAGAUCCGUUGGCUAUGAUCCUGAAAAAUCUGAGAAGUCUAUACUGAAGAGCGGUAUGACUUUGGCUGGCAUCGGCGAGGUUAUUGGAAAGUAG